AUGUCGGUCAGAACGAGAUCAAGUCCGGAACGCUCUAUUGUUUGCCCCUGCUGUCGGCCUAGCCGAUGCAUGCGACGUUCAUAUGCUUGGCGGCAAUCAAUGAUGAUUGAGCUCACCGCCAGUUGCCACUGUGGGUGGCGCGAGCAAAAAAAAACCCUGACGGCCCUUGGAUCUCAUUCAGGCCAAAGACCGCGUCAAGUCAAGCACGUCAGAAUAUCUUUCGAGCAAGCGAGAGGGGAUCAUGGAUCUGUGCAUGAACCCAUCAAGUAUGACUACCGUCUAGACGUAGCGGCAGCGCGCUCGAGGCAGUGUGUCUUGUAUGCCGGCGCUUCGAGUGGCUCGUCAAGUCGUACUCAAGAUCUCGUUAGCAAGUGUUGA